AUGGACGUAGGCGAACUGUUAUCAUUCAAGCCCGAGCAAACACCCAAGAGACCAUCCGAUUUUGAACACGAUAAUCGAGACGACGAUGACGAUGAUUCACCGGAGCCGCCAUCCCGCGGGAGAUCACAGAAGGUUCGCCGGAUGGAGCAAGAUGUCCAAGAAGCUCCGGUGCUGCCUGCAAAAGAACCUCAAAUCAGUGAGGAGGAACGAUUAAACAUACUGAAAUUUGUCGAAACCGAAGAGCCGGACGGCGAGGUGUUAGACGAGGGUGGAUUGAAAAAGAUGCUGCUACUGUUCGAGAAACGAGUCUUGAAGAACCAAGAAAUGCGCAUUAAGUUCCCGGACAAUGCGGAAAAGUUCAUGGAGAGUGAAAUUGAACUGAACGACGCCAUUCAGGAACUGCACGCGGUCGCAACCGUGCCCGAUCUGUACCCGUUGCUGGUGGAGCUGAACGGUGUGUCCAGCUUGUUGGAGCUGCUCUCACAUCAAAACUCAGACAUCAGUGUGGCGGUGGUGGACCUGGUGCAGGAGCUAACCGACGUGGACAUACUGCACGAGAGCCUUGAUGGUGCGGAGACUCUUAUAGAGGCAUUACGGAAACAGCAAGCGGCCGGUUUGCUGGUUCAAAACCUAGAGCGCCUAGAUGAAACGAUGAAAGAGGAAUCCGACGGCGUGCACAAUACGCUGGCUAUAUUUGAAAAUUUGAUCGAAAUCAAAUCCGACAUCGCUCAGGAAGUGGCGGAACAGGGCCUUCUGCAGUGGAUAUUAAAGCGUCUUCGGGCAAAAAUGCCGUUCGACGCCAACAAGCUGUACUGCAGCGAAAUACUGUCGAUUCUGCUCCAAGAUACGAAUGAAAAUCGUAUCACACUGGGGACUAUCGAUGGAAUCGAUGUGCUACUACAACAGCUAGCCGCCUACAAGCGACACGAUCCAAAUUCGGCCGAGGAACAGGAGUUCAUGGAGAAUCUGUUCAACAGCCUCUGCUCGGCGCUGAUGGCUAAGGAGAACCGUGAAAAGUUUCUCAAAGGUGAAGGCUUGCAGCUGAUGAAUUUGAUGCUCCGCGAGAAGAAACUGUCUCGCAACGGCUCUUUGAAGGUGUUGGAUCAUGCAAUGUCUGGUCCGGAUGGGCGCGAUAACUGCAAUAAGUUCGUCGACAUACUAGGCCUACGUACGAUCUUUCCACUGUUCAUGAAAACGCCCAAGCGGAACAAGAAGCGACUGCUCAGCACGGACGAGCACGAAGAACACAUUGUGUCAAUCAUUGCCAGCAUGCUGCGCAACUGCAAAGGCUCCCAGCGGCAACGUUUGCUGUCCAAAUUCACCGAGAACGAUUAUGAAAAAGUAGAAAGGUUGAUGGAGCUGCACCGGAAGUAUUUGGAUAAGGUGGAAAUAAUGGAUCGAGAAAUUGAUCAGCAGAUGGUUGGUACUACUUUUGAUAGCGAACAGGAUGAUGACGUAGUGUACGUGAAGCGGCUGUCGGGAGGUCUCUUCACAUUGCAACUGGUCGAUUACGUGAUCCUAGAGAUAAGUUGUACCGACGUGGUGAAGCAGCGCGUAUUGAAAAUACUAAAUCUCCACAACGGCUCAAUGAAAAUGAUCCGAAACGUUAUGCGCGAGUACGCCGGCAAUCUUGGCGACGCUAGUGAUAGCGAUUGGCGCGAACAAGAGCAAGCACACAUACUACAGUUGAUCGAUCGGUUCUAGGCUACCCCAUGGGA